AUGAGGGGACUGCAGCCUGGUGUGGCCCUGCCUGAGGCUCUGGAGCUGGAGCAGUGCCAGCCUCACAUGUUGUACGACCAUAUUUGGACGGAGGAGGAGCCUUUGAUGAUUUCCACUGUGAUGGCUGAGAGCCCACCAGCUGAGGGUGCUUCCCCACCUCAGGGUGAAACCAGCACCCACGUGACGGUCCACACUCUGUUUCUGAGUGGGCUGAAGCAGAAAUACAGGCAGUUCCUCAGACAGUCAGACGGAGCCAUCGUUGAGGUGGUCGGCGACGUGGACUUGGAGCAGAGGCCGCGGUCAGAGCUCCCCGGACAGACCUCAGCCAAACAGCAGCUCCGCAAGAGAAAGAACGUGUUUGGACGCGCCCGUCGUGUUGAACCAGUGAGAGGAGGGUGUGGCACCAGCUUUGCUCUUCAAGAUCUCAGCUAA